UAUACAGCAUCUCUGUUUUCUGCGCAGGCGCGUAUUGGGCGAUCUGCGCCCCGUUGGUGACUGGACACCGAGACUGGAGUCAGUUCUCCAGCGACUACCCUAGCUCUGAUGACGACGCAACGAGCCAACUCCGCCGUGAUCCUCGCCAUUACGCAGGAAAGUUGGUGAAGGUGUUUUUUCCCCCCCAGUACUGACAACUGCGAAAACAGAAAUAAUACACGAUUGUCACGUUCCGAGGAGAAGUUGGCCUUUGACGGAAUUCAACCAAAACGUAAUUAAGAACUGGAAACCAACGAGUUAGUUCUGAGAAAUCGAUCCUCCAACAUCUGACAUCAAGAAAGCGAAUGAAAUAUUUUUCUUCGCGAGUAAUAAGGAACACCUACGCGUCCCCAGCAGAGAUAAAGGUUUUAUGGGUCUAAAGACAGCAGCAGGUGAUUACAAAUAAAUGGAAGACGGAUGUCAGAACAAUUACAAGUGUUCGCAGGCGAAUUAAUCCACAGUCGAAUCUGAUUAGACUGAUGGGAAGCGGAGAUGACCAUAAGUGAACUAAGUAACAGGGCGACUGUAGACGAUCAUUAGCGAAUUAAAACUGAUACAAGGCCACUACAGGCGAUUACAAGGCGGCAGAUGCGUGAGGUCGUGUCCUUGCUGCCAAGUGGAGCGGAGGAGGAGGAGGUGUUUCCAUGGUUUCGCUCGCGUCUCAUACCUCGACGUCCCGAUGUGUUCGACAAUGACGAUCCGGACGUCGCCCUGGAGGAUUCCCCCGACCCCACUCCGCUCGUCGAAAACACGACGGUGCAUAGUGACUACAUAGAUGACGUCAUCGCGAAACCUCCCCUCAGCGAGUUGGACAGGCUGUACAGUGUGGUACUGCCGCUGGCUUUGGCCGGUGCGGUGGUAAUGGUAAUGGUGUUGGUGACGUCCUUGCUCGCGAGGCGCCGGAAGUCGUCGGGAGGAGAUGGUGCUGGAUCCAGCAUUGUGGUGUACCCUUACCAUCAGAGCAGUGGACCGCAGUUCCUUACGAAGGAGAUUCGAUUCUCCCUUCCGACGUUGCGGCAGGCGUCGUCCCUGGGCGACCUGCUGCCUGGAGACAACGACGCAGAGUCGGAUCGAGACACGGACUCCCUAGUUCCCGCCUCCGCCGCUCACACACAGCGCUCUAACUCAUUCAGUUGCUACGGAUUGGGGGCAAUCGACCCGGCGCUGUAUAGGGGUACUUUGGACCUGGAGGAGGACCUACAGUUCCCGGACGGACAUCUCGGACGCAUCUGGUUCUCUUUGCGGUACGAGCCCGCUACGGAGAAGUUGCUGGUUUCUCUCCUGAAGGCCAAGAAUCUGCCCAGUCGAACGGUGGGCACGGUCAACAGCUGCGACCCUUUCGUCAGGCUUCGUCUAACACCCGAUGAGAGGCGCUACCUGCAGUCGAAACAAAAGAAGAAGACUUGCAAUCCUUACUUCGACGAGACCUUCGUGUUUCAGGUGCCGUCUAAGGAGCUGACGGACCACGUCCUGAAGUUGACUGUGAUAGACGCGGGCAAAGCCAAGCGCCGUGGCGUUAUCGGCUACGUGACCUUUCGCCUGAGGGACCUUCCCGCCGAGAACGAGCAGAUUCUCUACAAGAUGGAUCUCGAAAAGGAGGCUCAGGAGUCGAUUUCGGAUCUGGGCGAGAUGUUGGUAUCACUGCUGUACAACGAGAAUUUGCACCGACUCUCUGUUACUGUCAUCGAAGCGCGGAGGCUUAAGCUCCGCGAGGGUCGCUCCGACUCGUACGUGCGCGUCUCGCUGAGUCAGCAUUGUCGCACGGUGAAAGUGAAGCGGACGGCGACCGUCAAGGGAACGGACUCGCCCAACUUUUCCGAGUGCUUCAACUUCCGAGUUCCGGCGGCGCAGGUAGAUGUCACUAGCGUCGGCUUCCAGGUGCUGCAGUCGGUCAGCGGUUACGGAAGAGUGUGUGGCUGUGUUCCAGAUAAGCUGAUCGGUAAGUUCGUGCUGGGAUCGUACAUGUUCGCACGUGGGAAGGCGCUCACCCACUGGAACUCUGCGUUCAGCAACCCAAUGGAUCAGGUUCAGCAUUGGCACGCCCUCUGUGAGUGAAUGCGACAGACUUCGCCUUUUGCAUACUAUCGUCGAGAUAACUCGGCCUGUCGUAUGCUUAUCAGUAUUUGAAGGUCAUAUGGUUAUAUAUACUUCCUCUGCCGUCUUUUGACCAUUUGGCAAGGUUGCCAUAGAAACAGAAGCGGACAAAUGACGCGUGGCUUCUUUCAGUUGUUUCGUGUUUCAGUAUCUCCGCUGUUAACAAUAUUUGACGCUGUUUUUGUGGUGUGGUAACUCACAUUACCUUUAUUAACUGCUCAACGCUUUGAGUUUCGUGUGAUUCUCACUGCAAACAGCGAUUAUUUCCUUAAACAGCGUUAACCAUUCGAUCUUUGUAAUGGUGAAGUGUAGUGUUUUCUUCGCGGUACGGACUGGAUUCUUAAACCGGGCAAGUCGCUCGUAUUAAUUGUAGGAGGGUCGCCAUUAAUUAUGUAAACGUAAGUUCCAGACCCUCGGUUGGCCCGUCGGUAUUACAGCUCACUGCAUUGCGUGUUCAAGAAACAACUGACAAACGCUCUAAUUCGCGUCGUUUAUGGUCAGUCAUAGAUUAGCCGAUUCGGAAAUAAGAUUGUCAACAUCUCUCAGGAAUAUUGUUUCAAAAAGGGAAAAUAAUUUCAACGUAAAGAAUCAAAUAACUGUUCCGAUGAUUUGUGCAAGAAAUGAAGAGUUUGGUGAGUAUUCUGCAACCCACUCGUAAGAAAUUUGUUCGCAAUCUGCGACAGACUUUCAUUUCGAAAGGGAGCGUUGUGUAUAUAUAUCACUUUAUUAAUACCUAUUAGUGAAAUAACCAAUGUAUAAGCCACUUAUAAGAUGAUUAUAGUAAUAAUGUAUUAUAUUUUAGUGUAAAGUGUUUUUGUCAGCUUACAAACAUCGAAGUUGCUUUCUUUUCCUUCAGUAAAAAUUUCAGUUUCGUGUGCAACAUAACAAUUCGUACAACUGUAUAAAGUAUGUAAUCAUAAAAAUAUUCGGUACCUCUAUACUGAACGGGUGGAAACCUGAAAAUGUUGGUAUUUUCAUUAAUUUUCCCCCCCCCCCCCCCCAUCUCCAAGCAUUUGUUUUUAAAUUGGGAUAACGUAUUUUGUUUUCUUAAAAUAUUUUCUAUUAUUGUGCGCUAUUGAGAUCUACUCAACCACAGACGUGUUCAAAUAAACGAACGUUCUGAAAAAAUCUGACUGCUUCAAUCCGCACGUAAGUUUAAUGAGUUUUGUGUUAAAAUUAUAAUUCACUUAAUUCUAUAAAACGUUCGCUGAACAUACUUUGGGAGUCACCGGGUUGGAGAGUUUAUACGAAAUCAUGAUAUUGUAUGUUUAAAAUUGUCUUCUGUAAAUGAUUGCAUUUGUCUCGCCGUGAUAUUUCAUUAUUCUGUUCCUGAAGUGAGUUCUUUGUUUACGAAGACUGGUCUGUAACCAUCAACAUGAAUAUGCAAUAAUUGCUGUAUAAUAUCAUUAUUGUAUUUAUUCACAGUUCUAUUGUUAUAAAAGACUCGCUGCCAUGUUGUAACUGGCUGGCGUUUAAUAUGGGCUGCAGAUAUUGUGCUGGUCUUUACUCCGUUUUUCCGCUGAAUGUCUUACGCUUCCAAGCUGACAUUAACGCAGCAGAAAUUAUGUCUAUCAAGAUUUAGUAACGAUCUCUGUUAUUUUAUGUCCUCAUUUGAUGUUAAUGUUAAUUUACUGCAGAUAAAGAAUAUAUUGUGGACAGUCGUAAUCAACAAUGGAAAUCCUACAUUUCAGACGACCGUAAAUUCUGUUGUUUGACAAAGCUAAUCAACGCGAAAGAUGUUACACUUGAUAAAGACGCAAAGAGUUGCUCUCUUGUUUUACGUGAAAUAUAGAAAUUGCCACGAUGAGGCGCAUGGAACCUCUUCAGUAUCUGCAAUCUUUGCGUCUCAUAACGAAUGUCUGUAGUUUUUUUUUGUACCAAGUCACGGAGUUUUGACUGGUCAUUUAGAGUGAAACGAGGGUUAUAAUUGUAAUAUAAAUUUCAUGAAUACUUA